UGUUAAACAGGUCAUCGAGUGGCAGGUUAGAACUUACUGGCUCCUGGGAGCCCUGUGUAUCAGCAUUCAAGAUCCAUGGUCCCUGACACCUAGGUGGCUAAGUCCCAUUUUUAGGCACCACUGCAAUCCACAAAACAUCUGCUUGGCUUCCGCCUAACUUUGUAGGUGCCUAAAGUCACUCAGGACCUAUGUUUUUGCAGUGAAAGUUCCCUAUGCAUCUAUGUUUCUGCCUCUGCCUCUCUCUAGGCCAGUGGUUUCCAAACUUUUUGGCUCGCGCACCCCCAGAGUGAAGACUGGAAGACCUGCCACAGAUGUACCGCCAACGGAAGAAGACCGGAAGGCCUGCCGCAGAUGAACGGAAGACUUACUGCAGGCAGGCCACCAAAGGGGAACACCAGCCGUGGACUUGCAGAGCUGCCGCCGAAAAAAAAACUCGGCGGAGUGUAGUCUGGCAGUGCUUCUGCUGCCGCACACCCCUGGGAUCAUCUCGCACCCCAGUUUGGAGACCACUGCUCUAGGCACCCAGACACCUAUCUCCCAGGCCCGGAUCGAUACACAAACCGGGGAAAGAUAGACCCUUGGAUGCACAUGUGUGUGUGGAGACGGGGGCAGAGUCAGUAGGCAUGCUCAGAGCCUGCUUAACUCUGCACAAAACAGCCAGGUGUGGGAGGACCUCUCUUAUAACACAGUAGUUGGGGUAUACCAAGGCUGUGAGAGACCCCCUUGUUCAAGUCCCCCUUUGCCUGCUGAGAAGGGAUUUGAACAGGGAGUUGUCAGGUGCAUGCCCUACCAACUCGGCUAUGGGAUAUUCUGAUGUAGGUCUCAAUUCUAAUUCAAUUAAAUCAUUGGAUAAUUAAAUACUAAUUAGUCCAGAAAAAAAAUCAGAAUGACUCUGUAGCCCAGUGGUUAGGGCACUUAUCUGAAAGGUGGCAGAAUGCUGUUCAAAUCCUCAUCAGGCAGAGGAGGCCUGGAACUGGGAGUCUCCCACAUCCUGGGUAAAUACCUAAUUACUGGGCUGAAGGCCAGAAGUGAGUGGUGCCCUCCUGGCUGUUUUGUAUGGAGUUAGGCAGCCCCUGACCAUGCAUGGCUACUGGAUUGGCGCCCCCCCCCCCAAGCAACUUAGGUGGCUAUCUCUGCUUGGGAUUUGUAUAUCCCAAGCAGAGAUAGGUGCCUCUCUACAACCUGGACUUAGGUGCCUAUCUCUGUCAGAGAGGUGGGGCCUAGGACAUACCCCUCUCCUGGGCAUCUCUCAUUAGGCAGCUCCCCCCCAGUGUGCUGGCUUUUGUGGAUCUCAUUCUAAGUUGUUCUCUCCCCAUUCAUUGUGUGGGGUGCCUAGAUGCUUAACUCAGGCUCUGUGGAUCGCAGUAUUGUUUCUGUGAUUUGCUAGGUGCCUAAAAGUUAGGUGCAGUGACACUCAGCAUCACAAUGCUUAAUUAGAUUCAGUGUAAACAGAUUUCAGAGUAGCAGCGCUGUUAGUCUGUAUCCGCAAAAAGAAGAGGAGGACUUGUGGCACCUUAGAGACUAACAAAUUUAUUUGAGCGUAAGCUUUCACUGUAGCUCACGAAAGCUUAUGCUCAAAUAAAUUUGUUCGUCUCUAGUGUAAACAGAGUAAUUAAAACAUUGGCAGCUGGUAUACAGGGGGAAAUGCACAGAUCAGAGUGCCAGUUUCCCCAUCACUAUUCCACUAAAUAAACAGUGCAAUAGCCCCUCUGGCAUUGUGCAUGGUACACUGUGUAACAUGUACUAUACAUUUUGAUAUUUCCAUCUCUUAUGGUCUGACCCCAUUAGGGAUUGUGCAUCGUAGAGGAUCAGGGCUCUAAAUUUGAGGAACGCUGCUUGUACUGCUUCAAGAAAAUAUAUUCCUGGGACUCUGGCCUUUUAAAAUGAUCAUAACAUCCAUGCAAUAAGGAUUUAAAUACAAGGUAAAAAAAAAAAACCUACAUGCUCCCAGCAGUUAACUUCACCAAUCAGAAGUUUGCCCAAGCCGACCUCAGUUAAGACAGUGGAAUCUGCAGGAACAGCUUUCUGGCGCUGAACAGGGUGUGAAAACAUAUCCUGGAAAGUGGCUCAAAAGAAUGAAAGAGACCAGUUGAAAGUCUGAGCAUGAAACUAGUUAUGUAUGAAGUGAAGGAUUUCAAGUAUGAAUGUGUGUGUGUUCGUGCAUGUGCUGAGGAAAGAGGGAUUUGCAGAGGAGACAAGGGAGAGCUUUGUGUACAGCGCUCACUCUGACACAGCUCAGCCUGUUCUCUAUCUCUCUCUUUCACUUCUGACUUCAGGAACAUGCAGUGGCUCCUCAUUCCCACUCUCCUCACCAUCAUUUAUAUGCAACAGGGCACAAGGCAAUGGACAACUAGAAGUGAAGCCUGGGGAAAAAUCUGCAGAAGCCAGUGAGGUACAUCAGCGUAAAGAAUUUUGUCACUGGCCAUGCAAAUGCCCCCAUGUGCCAACCUGCACCCCUGGAGUGAGCCUGGUAAAGGAUGGUUGUGGAUGUUGUAAAAUCUGUGCCAAGCAGGCUGGAGAGAUCUGUAAUGAAGCAGAUACCUGUGACCCUCACAAAGGGCUUUACUGUGAUUACUCUGCAGACAGGCCUAGGUAUGAAACAGGAGUGUGUGCAUAUACGAUAGCAGUCGGAUGUGAGCUCAAUGGAGUCUAUUAUGUCAAUGGCCAGGCCUUCCAGCCUACCCCACUUUAUAAGUGUCUCUGUGUUAGUGGUGCAAUUGGAUGUACACCUGUGUUCACCCCAAAGGCAGCAGCAAGUCAGUGUGUCAUGGUCAAGGGCAGAAAAACGUCUGGACAUUCCAGCUGUGGCCCUGGACAACAGAAACAGCUACAAUCAACGGGCUACAGAUUAAUGCCAGUUUACAGAAGUCUACCACUUGUUUUGAAGGAGAAGUGCUUAGUACAGGCAACUUCUUGGACACCUUGUUCCAGAACCUGUGGCAUAGGUAUAUCCAACAGGGUGACCAAUGAAAACAGUAAAUGUGAAAUGAGAAAAGAAGAGAGGUUGUGUUUCAUUCAACCUUGUCAGACCAAUAUAUUGAAGACUAUAAAGAUUCCAAAAGGAAAAACAUGUCAGCCAACAUUCCAGCCUCCCAAAGCAGAGAAGCUAGCCUUUUCUGGAUGCUCAAGCACAAAAAGCUACAAACCUACUUUCUGUGGUGUGUGUCUGGACAAGAGAUGUUGCAUACCUAACAAAUCCAAAAUGAUCAUUGUACAGUUUGACUGCCCCAAAGAAGGCUCCUUUAAGUGGAAGAUGAUGUGGAUCACAUCUUGUGUUUGUCAGAGGAUUUGUAGUGAUCCAGGAGAUAUAUUUUCUGGACUCAAGUUAUUAUAACUUACAACAUGGACAGCAGUGUAUCAUCAGGAUGGCAGCAUGCUCAUAGUUUGAAGAGUUAGCUAAAGAGAAGACCCUUCCACUGAAACCAAACUUGUUGGCAUUCUUCUGUUAAAUACCCUGAGAACAUGGUUUAAGAACAACAUCUAUGUAUGUAAAACAAGACACUCAAAACACGUAAGAAUUAAAUUGUUUGAAACGUGAGUAUACCUUUGAGGUACAAGUCUAGCUAACAUAGGGACAGUCAUGGAGGGAAAACUUUUGUAAUUUAAAAAAAAUCUACAGGAAUGCAGGGGUGAGUUUGCUCCAUAUAGACACAAAAAACUCCUAGAAAUAGGUGUCUUCCCUCAUCUUCAACAAACAUGCAGGUUUAAAUUAAUUAAACAUCCAAGUAACUUAGUAGAAAAAGGAAUCUUAACUUUUUUUGCUAUAACAUCUGAUCUAUCAUUCUUGAUCCACAAGACAGAUAUUCUUACAGCUACACUGACACAGCAUUAGAAAAAAAGAUUGAUCUUGUGAGUUAGAAAAACACAUUACAUAUUGUAGCAUACAACUACAAAUAAAUUUUAAGCUCAGUUUGGUUUGUUCACCAAUUCUUAUAUUUUACAUUUCUCCAAAUGCAGUGAAUAAGAAACAUUAUAUUUGCACAAGUACAAAUGAAAACAUAUUUGUCAAGACGUAGGUUAAUUCACUUCAUCCCCAGUGAACCAUUUUUCUAGGUUUUAAUUUUAAAAUGUAUACAAUUUGCCAUUUCUUUAUUUUCCCCCACUCAUGACAUGCAAACAAAAACAAAAACAAACACUACGUAUACAAUGAAAAGUAACCUACUGAUCUUAUACUGGUCCCACCUUCAUUUCUGUUCUCUCUUCAUGCUAUUUUGUAUCUUAUUUAACCUAGACUGCAAGAUCCUUGGGGUAGGGACCAUGGGUGAAGUCCUGGCCUCAUUGAAGUCUAUGGCAAAACUCCCCGUGACUUCAAUGGGGAUAGGAUUUUACCCUAUGUUUUUUGUCAUAAAGUGCCAAGCACAUUUAUAGUGUUCUAUAGGUAAGUUGUUUCACCGGAGUGACUUUCAAAAUGCUUUCAACCUAAUAAGAAUUGCCUCUACAAAUAUUUGUCUUGUGUAUUUCUGGCCUCAAACAUUGAAAAUUAGAACUAAUACUAUUGUGUCUGGUCAUACCGCCACCGAAGCGCUCUUGAAAGAAACAUGUAAUUAAAAAAAAGUCAUUUUAUGGGUCCAUUUGUAGUGGCUUAAUGCAGUUUUAAGACAAGAGAGUCAGGUUGGCAGACAAAUUCUGAAUAUCUGUAUAUUUUAUUCUGCAAAAACAUAGGAGUUGUUAUUAAGACAACUGUUUAUAAAUAUAAUCUGAUCAUAAUAUAAAAAUCUCUUUAAUUUAAAAUAUGCUUCUAUUUAAUUAGGUUCUUUUAAAAUAUAAUCUUCAUUCUCCAAACAAUCCAUAUCAUAUGUACAUAUGAUCACAGCUAUUGGAUAAAGAGGCAACAUACUAUGCUAGCCUCUUAUCCUCAUCAGUACAUAAACCAACAUUAGUGCAACCUACAGUUCAUGAAAGGUGAAUCAUUAUUAUACAAUAUAUUAGUAUUGUACUUGAUGCAAUCGUUUUCCCAAAUUAUUCUUGAUAUUGCCAGUUUUGAUAUCAACUUGGAAAAUUUUAGUUCAAUUACAUCUAAAUACAAUGACGAAGCAACACUAAGUUGUGAAUAGGGACACACAUCUUAGGGACACACGUCAUUUUGGAAAUAAAUUUUCUAGGAUAUUCGGAACUUCAGAAACAAGACUCACUAGAUGCCUCCUUUCAUUGCAGAAAAGGGAAUGUAGGAUUUCCCUUCCCUCGUGUAUCUUAUGCCAAAGGGGACUCUUUUCUCCAAAGCAGGGAUCAAUUUAAUUUAGCUUAAGUUGGUCUAAGGAGUUCACCAACUCCAUUUUGGCCUGUUAUAAUUCCUCCCCUCUCUCCUCCUGGCAGACGUCAUCACUAUUUACUCUGCUGGCGUGCAAUAUAUGCUGGUCCCUCUUCCACAGGCUGAGCACUUGAUACAAAGCUCCCGGCCAGCCUGGAGAGUGACAGUACCAGGAUCCCUGUGGAAUAAUUAGUCCUAGAUGCUUCACAAACCAUCCAGUUAGCUUAGGUGGUUUGCUGGUCUCCAAAUAACAGCAAUUCUUCCUCUGUUACAUAGCUAUCUUCAGUCUUGAGGGAUCUGUUCUGGGUGCACCUUUAGUGGCAUCUAGCUGGUUAUACUCCUCUAUUAGGUCUGACAAGGAUGAUAUGGCUUCGGAGAAGCAGCUUUGCUCCAUCCCAUCAACGUGCAAGUAAUGGUGAAGGUGAGCCUAUAAGAAUAUACACAGAUUAACUAUAUCCUUUUCUGUGCACCAGGAGUCAGAUUAAUCUAGCUCAAUAUACAUUAUUGUUUAGCCUGCCUUGAAAGGGGACAACAAGCACUAUCAUGAAUAGAUUGAAAGACUGUCUGGAUUCACUAUAUCCUUUGCUGAAAUGCUACUUAGCAACUUCCUGCUGCAAUACUCUGGGGCAUGCCCACACUACACCUACUACAACGACACACUCCAGUGCCAUAGCUGUGCUGCUGUAGACUUUUCCCCCAUCAAUGGGAGGGGUUUUUCCACUGAUGUAGUUAAUCCACCUGUCCGAGAGGUGGUAGCUAGGUUGAUGGAAGAAUUCUUCCGUUGACCUAGCUGCACCUGUACCGGGGGUUAGCUCAACCUAGCGACAGUGCUCAGGGCAUGAAUUUUUUCCACAGCCCUGAGUGAUGUAGCUAGGUUGAUCUAAUUCUCUUUGGGUGAGUAGGGAGGGGAUCUUGAACAAUACCGCCAGCCAGAUCAGUCACAUACCUUAUCCUCCACCCUGUCUUACUCUAAAUAAAGGCCAUGAAGACUUGUUCCUUUGUGAAACGAUUCCCCAGUACGUAGUUAAGAAUCUUAGGCUAUGUCUACACUGCACUGCAGUGUGGACUAUUGGGGGUGUGAAUUGCAGAACAUACCAGAGAGUUGCACACACAAAGAGUUGUGUGGAUGUUGCUGGCAUGAACUUAAGAAGUAUCUAGUUCACGUUAACAUAGUCCUAACAGAGAACACAAACUAGUUUGGCCAGCAGCAUCCAUAUGGGGCAGUUAGUGCAAAAACACUUUGGUACACUUUGCAAUUCACGCCCCAAUAUUCCGCACUAUGGCACAGUGUAGGCAAGCCCUUAGUGUCAGUUCUGACCAAGCCCUGUAUAUUGAAAGCCACGUGCCAGUUGCGGUUCAAAAGUGUUUUUUCCAGUGUCGCAAGUUAUCAAGGUAGUAAUGGAAUGAAGGCAAUAAAUGCUUUAUUAUUGUAACUCCUGAUUAGCAGAGUUUACAGCAGAGCUUCUCAACUAUUUGCCACUUGUUCAGAAUGCAGCAGCAUUUUUACUCCUUGGUUUGACUGACUGUUGGCUGCUUCUGAAGUGGCAGGUGGUUCACAACACUAUUAUUUUCAAAAGCCUUUAAGGGCCUAAAUCCUGGCUACUUUAGAGACCGCAUCUUGAACCUUGGGCAAAGCCCUCAUCCCUCCUCCAGCCCAUUUGUGACAGGCAAAAGGGCCACAGCACAUAAAGAAGCCCUAAUAACCCUGGUUCUGUCUGGGAAAGGCGGCCUCCGUGACUUCCCUUGAAAGUUUUGGUGUAGUCUGGGGGUGGGUGGAGCAGUGCUGUAUGCUGCAGAAAUUCUGGGCAGCGCAGCAGUCCAUAGGAUAAUCUGGGGAAGCUGCUGUAAUUUAGACAAGCCCUCAGGGCUGCCUACAUUACGCUGAGGGCCUCUCUGGCCCUUGGAGAAGCCCAGGAUUGGGAGCGCACAAUGACGACUCCCCCAGGCUAGAAAGUCAGUGCUUAUGUUUAUCUACCACCAACCUUUAGAGGGCCCAUCAAAGCAGGCAGGCAGACAAUUGUGGCUUUGUUGUGGUGGGCUGCGGUGUCUGGAAUUCACUGACAUUAGUGUUUAGCCUAGACUACACUUAAAAUGUAGCUAACUACAACCUAGCUACCUCGCUCAGGUAUGUGAAAAAUUCAAACCCGGAGCGCCAUUGUUAAACUGAUUUAACUCCCCAGUGUAAAUGCAACUACAUCCAUAUAGCUGCUUGGGCACUGGGAGGUGGAUCAUUUAUAUUAACAGAAAACCUCCUUCAGUCCACAUAGGAAGCAUCAACAGCUCUAGCACCUAUAGUGUAGGCAUGCCCUAAAGUUAAUCUUCCCACUUUUUAGGUUCCCUUUAAAAACUCUAAACUUCCAAAAAUGUUUUAGAACAGUGGUUCUCAACCAGGGGUACACAUAUCCCUGGGGUGUGCAGAGGUCUUCCAGGGGGGUGCAUCAACUCAUCUAGAUAUUUGCUGGUUUUACAACAGGCUACAUAAAAAGCACUAGUGAAGUCAGCAAAAACUAAAAUUUCAUACAGACAAUGACUUGUUUAUACUGCUCUAUACACUAUACACUGAAAUGUAAAUACAAUAUUUAUAUUCCAACUGAUUUAUUUUAUAAUUAUAUGGUAAAAAUGAGAAAGUAAACAUUUUUUCAGUAAGUGUGCUGUGACACACUUGUAUUUUUAUGUCUGGUUUUGUAAGCAAGUAGUUUUUAAGUGAGGUGUAACUUGGGGGUACACAAGACAAGUCAGAUUCCUGAAAGGGGCACAGUAGUCUGGAAAGGUUGAGAGCCACAGUUUUAGAACAUCCUGUUAACCCAAUAUAGGUUUCUUUUCCUUUCAGUCUUUUCUUGGGUUAUCUGCCCAACUUAGUUUUAGUUGUUAACUUAAACACCACCUGCAUUUUAGCUAAGGCUGUAUGUUUGCCACAGCCAUGACUUUCAUGACAAAACUGAAGUCUCAGUCUGUGUUACAUGACAGUUUCAUUGGAUUUUACAAGUUUGACACAGUGAGUUAGAGUACUGGUGUUAAAAACUUACAGGUUUUUAAACAAUUUUUGUUGCUCAAUAGCACAGGACUUAUAAUGACAAACAUUAAAAAAACCCAACCUAUGAGCUAUAACUUAGUAAAUGUUUCUAUCUUUUGCUUUGACAAAGCUGCAGCUUUUCCAGUUCCUUUGCCAUGACAAACAGCCAGGCUUAAUUAAAGUGUUUUUAGAUAUAUUUAGAAGUGCUACACCUUUGUAGCGUGCUCUCAGCUAUACCGGUGGGGUGCAAUUCAGACAGAUGUGUUAUCAAGACACUCAUUCUGUUGGGAGAGGAAUACUAAUAAAAAAAAGGUAACGCAUUAUCAUCAGAAAAGGUAGGUUCCCAAUACUGCUUUGCAUUCGGAGUGCAAAGUCUAUUGUAUCUAUAUUAAAGCAAUAUCUUGUUACAGCUUGCACUGAAAUUUGCUUUUCUCCUCCACUUCUCAAAAAAAUAAAAUGUUAGAAGAGACUACUGCUACUUUAAAGUA